AAUUCAGGGACAAGCUGGUCCAGACCGACCACACUGAACUCAGCCAGACGGUAACCUACAAAGACCUGUAUGUGACGGCCCUGGAGAGGAUCAAGGAGCUAGAACUGGACCCGACCACUCUACAGAACCUGCUCCACAGCAUGCAGGACACCAGGAGCACCAUGACAGCCCUGAGUGGAGACACUGAGGCUGCUCUCAGCAGCAUGAGGCAGAUAAGAGACCUGGUUAAAGAGGACCAGCAGAGCCUGGUUACACAGUAUGGUCAGAUGAAGUCCCUUUAUGAGAAGUGCAAGGAGACCCAGGGCAGGAUGGUGCAGAAGGUCAGAGACACCCUGCAGCAGAGAGAGGACAUGAGGAGACGGAUGGAGGAGGCUUUCACCGCCAAGGACGCAGCCUUCAGUGUAACUGAGCAGCUGAGGGCACACUGUGCCGUGCGUAUCUCUGAGCUGGAGGAGAGUGUGGGAUCUCACCAGGAGCUGAUGGCUGCCCUGAACAAGACCUACCCAGAACAGGUUGCAUUGAACAAGGCCUACGUGGAAUCCCUCAACUCUGCAUCUGAGCUCUUGAGAGGAACCAUGAGCGGUCACGACAGUCUGCAUCAAGAGCUGAAAACAGCCAGGCGUCUCCUCCAGAGGACAACUCCUAUACUGGUGAAGCUGAAUGAGAAGGCAGCCAACGCUAUAGGAGAGAGAGACCAGCACCUCUCAGAGAGAGACCAAGCUGUGGAGGAGAGAGAGCAGAUCCAGGAGGAACUGGACCAAACCAACGUGAGUCUCCAAGUUGCCAGGCAGGAGGUUGGGGACUUGAAUCUGCAGGCCACCAUCAUCAAUUCAGAGUUGGGUGUUCUGCGUCAGAAGCUGAGUGAGGGAGAAGAGGAGCGAGUUCAGCUGGAGAGGAAGGUCACGGAGCUGUCUGCCACCGUCUCAUCUACCCUGGCCUCCUAUGCCUUCCUAGAGCAGGCCCUGGCUGCAGAGUCCACCAAGUUGCAACAGUCAUGGCAAGAAGUCCAGCAAGCUACCGACAGGGCCAACCAGUUGGAGGGUGCGUUGGUCCAGUCAGAGCAGCGUGUAUGUGAGCUGUCCCAGGCUCUGGCCCACAGCGAGGAGCAGCUGAGCCAGCUGCAGAGCCACUCCCACAGUCAGAGCCUGCAGCUGCAGAAGCUCCAUGAAGUGCACGUGCAGCUCAACAGCAUGAUGGAGAUGAACGAGUUCCUACAGAUGGAGAAUGAUAUGGCCAGGGAGCAGGUGGUGGAGAGCGAGAGGACACUCCGGGCUAAUCUACAGGGGCUCAGGGAGAGGAACAUCCAGUGUGAGGACCUGAAAGGAGCCCUCAGCCACCUCCAGGCUGAGAGGGAGGCUUUGCAGGCAGAGCUGGAGGACAGUCAGGCCAGAGCCCAGUCAGUCCAAUUGGACCUGGUAGAGCAGCUAGCCCAGGCUGUUACUGACGUCACCCUGCUACAUCACACACUGAGACGACUGACCAACGAUGUUCACACUGCUCUGACCACCAAGAAGCCAGAGGUCUGUGGUAAAGACGAGGUGUCCCAGCCCUCCCUCCAUGUUGAGCGUCAUCCCUCCACCUCCUUCGUGGACAGCAUCAUGGUGGCCAUCACCACUGACCUGGCCCAGGUCAAUGACACACAUCCCCCCUUAGACAUGACAGAGGAACCACAAGCUGAAGGGUUGGGCAGCGAGACCAGCGCCUUCACUCGCCUCGCACCCAUCACUCCUAAGAAGUGUCAGGUGGUGCCUCCAGAGGAGGAGCAGAGUAGCGUGGUGGAGCUGCUAGCAGACCUGGCUAACACAGUCUCUGAGCUCAGCUCCACCAUCACACAGCUACGACAGAGCAAGGACACCGAGCAGGAGGCACUGAACAACACCAUCUGUGGGCUGCAGAGGGAGCAGCAGGCCCAGGCCCACAGACACAGGGCUGAGGUAUCCGAGCUGAGGGGCCAGCUGAGCCAUCUCCAGACCCAGCUAGGCCGGGACCAGGUGGCUCUACAGAACAAAGCCCAGGAGGUAGACACUAUGAAGAGGAUCUGCAGUGAAGUGAAUGAGGCCAGGGAGUUUCUUUACAAGCACAAAUCUGAGAACAAAGAGCUGCGUAGGGAGGUGGCAGACCUGCGCCGUUCACUGCACCAAUCACAGGUGGAGUCCCAGGCUCUAAGGGACGAGCUAAGAAAGACCGGCAACCAAUCAGCACACAGCAUGCAUUCCAUGGACGACAAGAUCCGCCUACUGAAAGAGGUGGAAAGACUAAAGAGGACUCUGUUGGAAGCUGAGGAAGGAAGAGCAAAGCUUCUGGAGAGAGCCAAGAGACAUCAAAUGAUCCACGACACCAACCAGAAGAAAGUGGAGAAGGAACUUCGAGUCCUUGACGAUAUGAUUGAGACGGUCAGAAAGACUUUGUCUUCUGUUCCUGACGUUGUCAAGCACUGCAAAGAACUCAAGACUCUAGUCGAAUAUCUUGGUUAAUGUCGUAUUAUAAACUGUAGUUUUAAUCAGUUUUUUGAUAUGUUUUUUUAAAUAAACCUAUUUGUACAAAUAAAAAAAUCUGGUAACACGUCU